UGAUGUCCGGAAGAAAGGAUGUCAGCAUGGCGGAUAUGUUUUCUACUUUAUGAUUUGCUUUUCAGCCAAGUGUUUUUGUAAAAUACCUGCAACACUAUUAUCCAGACAAUGAAUCAGUAGCGCUGCAGCAGCUUCAGAUACAAACAGCCGCUCUCACGCUGCCGCAGCUCGGAUCCGAAGCGGCCGAUACUCCGCUGCCUGUCUGCGUGCACACGUCGUGACUUGUGACCCAGUUUGGUUUGGCUAGAAACAACAGCUCAGCACCCGCUGAAACAUCUGUAACAUCUGUUCAACCAGGAGCCCCUCUGGAGGCCCCCGGUCCCCCCCAACAGAGCCUCAGUCACCACAUGCUCCAAGACUGACCUGAGUGGGAUGAAGCAUCGAGAGCCUGAACACAGACUGAAGAGGGUGAUGUCUUAACUCAGCGACUCAAAGAAGGAGAAAUAAAAUUAUCCCUCGCCUCCGGUGAAAAAAACACACACCCAGAAACCAACAAUGGGUGAAGUGACUGUAGAAGUGGAUGAGGAGGUGACGGAACAGGAUUUGCUGCCAGAGCCUCUACUGAUCAUCCUGUCUCCACCCCCACCUUUCUUAUCUGUCCCUGGUGAACCAGCCAUAUUUUGGCACAAGUGGCUCAAAGCUUUUGAACACUACGUUGAAGCUCUCGGUGAGAACGAGCUGGUUGACUCCAGUAAGUGUGUGCUCUUACAAAACUGCCUUGGCCAAGAGGGCCAGCGCAUAUUCACAGCACUGAUCCAGGGUGAAACCACUUACGCAGCAGCGAUCUCAGCGCUGACGCUGUACUUCACCUCUGAUCAUACCUCUCAGAUGUACCGCCUUAAAUUCCAUCAAAGGGCUCAGAUGCCCGGAGAGACUGUAGAGCAGUUUGUCUCUGCGUUAGAGGAGCUGUUGAGAUCCUGCAACUACAGAGACGUACAAGACACACUUAUCCUCACUCAGCUAAUUGAAAAAACAAACUGCCCGCAACUGAAAGAGAGGCUUUUGUUAGAGAAGGAAACUCUGACCUUGGCCACGGCGUUGAUUAUUGGUAAAGAGGUGGAAUCUGCCUUAAAUCAUCCUGAAUUGUUUGAUAUUCACGAAGUCAGUGUGGACAUUGGAGACGAUUUAGACCUUCCUGUUCAAAGAGUGGCAAAAAGAGGAAGGCCUCGGCGCGGGGAGAAAAGGGCGAAAACGAAACCACGUGAGACUAAAACCCCGAGAAGAUCAUCUAGAUACAAAGAUAACUACUGUUCCAGCAAUGAUAAGCUAUAUCGUAGUGAUAAUGAGGAUUAUAAGAGUGGUGAUGAAGGUAAUCUGCCUCGUGGUAAAGCAAGUGAGAAAGGAGACGGUGAUAAUGGCGCCUCAUCAUCAUCACAUAUGAUGGAGGAGGAAGGCUUCGACAAAGCCAGUGAUGAUGGCGAUGAUGACGAAGAUGAAGACUUCUCCCUUCCUCAGACUAAACAAAAAGGUCCUUUCUGUCCCAUCUGUGUAGACAAACGCUUCAGAGACGCAAACAAGCUCGCCAGACACAUGAGGACGCACACAAAGGAGAAACCAUUCAGCUGCCCAGUCUGUACCAUGACCUUCAGCCAGUCCUACCACAUGACCCGACACCUGAGGAACCAGCACGGCGCGGGCCAGCACGUCUGCUCAACGUGUGGGAAGAGUUUAGGAAGCUUCGCAGAGCUGCAGAGUCACAAGAAGACGCACACGUCGAAAGUUCUCUCAUGUCCCGACUGUCAUGAGAAAUUCCUGAACAAUGGUGCGUUUUUAAGUCAUAUCAUUUCACACAGCAAAGACCAGUCCACCCAGACAGAGGGUUACCAACAUUGUGAUGGAGAGAAAAAACAAGAAAUAAUGAAGUCAGGUAACAAAGAUAAUCAUGAGAGUGGUGGUGGUGGUGAUGAUGAUGAUGAUGAGGAGGAGGAGGAGCAGGCUGAUGCAGGCUCUGGUAAUGACGACGCUCAGAAUGAAGGAUCUGCAGUCAAAGUUAAGUUGGAAGAUAAAGACUCUGAUGAAGCUAAAUCUCAAGAUGACGGCAGCAAGAAACAAAAAGUCGCCUCCAAGACCAAAACAAAGGGCCAUUUCUGUCCCAUCUGCGUGGACAGGCGCUUCAGAGGGCCAAACAAGCUCGCCAGACACAUGAGGACGCACACAAAGGAGAAACCGUUCAGCUGCCCAGUCUGUACUAUGACCUUCAGCCAGUCCUACCACAUGACCCGACACCUGAGGAACCAGCACGGCUUGGGCCAGUAUAUCUGUUCUAAAUGUGGGAAAAGUUUAGGUAGCUGGCCGGAACUGAAAGCACACAAGAAGACUCACGUGGCUGAAGGCCUGUCAUGCCCCGCUUGUGAUAAACAAUUCAAGGAGAAGGCUGCGUUCGUGAGUCAUCUCAAAUCACACAAGAAGGUCCAGUCCAGCCCUCGGUGCCUCAUCUGCAACGACUGCGGCAAAGUAUUUGGCCGAAUGUAUCAUUUGAAACGGCACAUAGUGACCCAUCGCAAAGCAACUAAUGGUGAGUGUUACAAUUGCCCCAAGUGUCAGAAGAGCUACGCCUUCCCAGAAGAUCUUAACAAACACCUGGAGAUUCAUGUGAAGGAAAACAACGGGACUUGUCCGAAAUGUAACCAAACCUUCAGCAGUGUAGAAGAACUGGAGACGCACAUGGUGGUUCAUGAGAAGUCUUACGAGUGCAGCACCUGCGGGAAGAAGUUUAAGGUGGAGUAUGCACUGAAGAAGCACGAGCAAGGGCAUCAAGACGAACAGUAUUACUGCUCGUUGUGCCGCAAACGCUUCAUCAAGCUCUCUCACUACAAGAGGCACAUAAUGGUCCACGACAGACGGGAAUCCAGAUGUCCACACUGUGACAGCGUCUUUCUACAAUUAACAGCUUUGAAGUACCACCUGCGAACUCACACCGAAGAAAGACCGUAUCAGUGCUCCUGUUGUAUUGAAACCUUUGAAGAGAAGGAACACCUGGAGCAACACUGCCUCAAACACAGGAAAUUCAAGAAGGAGAGGCCGUACUCCUGCACUCGCUGCGAUUACGCCUUCUCCACGCUUGUGGAGCUGACGGAGCACAUGAGCUUACACGAGGGAGAGCAGCCAAUGAGCUGCCCCAUCUGCGGCAAGACUUUCCUGAACAAGAACAAGAUGGAAAAGCACCUGAGCAUCCACACGGGGGAGAGACCUCACCUCUGCUCUCUCUGCGGUAACGGGUUCCCCUCCGCCGCCAGCCUCAAGUUACACAGCCACAUCCACACCGGAGAGAAACCCUUCAAGUGUUCGCAGUGCAGUAAGAGCUUCAGGUCGUCCAGUGGGUUGCGGCUUCACAGCAGGCAGCACAUGGAGGUGCGGCCCAGCUACGAGUGUCCCGAGUGCGGCAGGACUUACGGUCGCAUGACGGAGCUGAAGAUGCACCAGCGUUACCACACGGGGGAUAAACCGUACUCGUGCACCUGCUGCAACAAACGCUUUAUUAGCAAAGAUAAGCUGAACGUUCACAUGAGGAUACACACGGGGGAGAGGCCGUACUCUUGCCCUCACUGCGGACAGACAUUUACACAGACCGGAGACAGAAACAGACACAUCAAUAAAUACCACAGUUAGAUAUUGUAGUAACAACAGUGAAGCUUUUUUUUUUGUGUUGCUUCUGAAAGGAUCGUAUCGGUGGUUUUGCAUGUUUGUCGGGUUGGGAAUCAUUUAGAGUUGAUUCAGGUUCCAAAUGAAUUCUGAUUCAUUUUAUUUGAGAAAUCAAGUAAUAACUUUAGGUAGAUUUCGGCUGCUUUGACCAUUAUUUUUCAUUAUUUGAUUUCCAUUCCAUUAUUUAGUAAGAGAAGAAGUUAAAUAAAGAAUAAUAUAAAUACUCUGUUUACUAGAAAAUCAAAACAUCACAACAAAGUAUGGCCGUAAAAACGACCACUGGGUUCCAUCAGCACCUCUCUGACACGGUCUCAUAAAGCUGCUCUGUGGAGUUUUCUUUUACUGCUUCUCACCAAAAACACAUUGUGUAUCCUUAACAAAUAUGUUGAAUGUGUUUCCUUACACAUAAAACAUUUGCAAAGCCAGUUUUUUUUUUUUUUCAAUAUUCUGUCGAAUUGUUUGCAUCGUUUACAUUGUUUACAUCCAGGUUGCCAGCCGUCCUCUUCCCUGCCUUUGUUGCCUUUGAGUCCAAAAUACAAACAAAAUUGUGAGCCACUCAUUAAAGCUUUGCUCCGUAGUGUUACUAGUGAUCAAAAACUCCACGGGGUAUCUUAAGUUUCAUAAAGAUAGCAUUUAUUGCAGGGCUGUUUUUUAUAGAUUGUACAGGCGUUACCAUUUAGCUGAUCAAUUAGUGACUGAAGGUUAGAGUUACAGAUGGUAAAUUGCCAUCCUGUGUGUCUGUAAACAAGUCAUACUUUUAACUAUAGGUUUGUCUUAUUGCUAUUUACAAACAUUGCUUAAAAAAACAACUAAUUAUAGCAUCAGAAGAAUUAGAUUUAGAUUUAGUUGUGUAGUGAUUGCAGCCGUCAAUCAAUAUUAAUGUGAUAACAGGUUCCAGCCCUGCGCUUUGAUUUUUGGUAUUUAUAUUCGGAUUAUGCCUUUAGACUGUACGACGACAACGAUUGUGAAAGUUUAUUGCGUGUCACAUUGUGCAAGAUGCCUGUGAUAAAAUCUCGGUCACAUCCUGUCAGAUUUUACGACAUCAAUAUAAGGUGUGCAGAAUGCGUGGUGAAACGUAGCGCACAAACUUCUUUUUUCAUUUCACCUCCAGUUGUUUUGGUUUUUGUGUUCCAUUAAGGAGAACAAGUGUGUUUUCCACCUAAACUUUAUUUUU